AUGCCAGGCUCUGAUUCAAAAUUCAGUCAUCUGCCCCGCGCGGCGGUUGGACCUUUGACCUGUCCAUACGAGGGAUCAUCUGUUCUCCAAUCAUCACAGUUCAACAAAGGCUCUGCUUUCACAGAAGAGGAACGAUCAGCGUUCAAACUCCGCGGUCUCCUUCCACCGAAUAUACAAACACUGGAUGAACAGGUCGAACGUGCUUACCAGCAAUACAGCAGCAGACCGGAUGAUCUAGCAAAGAACACCUUCCUGUCUAGCAUGAAAGCGCAAAAUGAAGUGCUCUACUACAAGCUUAUCCAAACUCAUCUUAAGGAGAUGUUCAGUGUGAUUUACACACCUACCGAAGGAGACGCAAUCCAGAAUUACUCGCGAUUGUUUAGAAAACCCGAGGGUUGUUUCUUGAACAUCAAUGACCAAGAUCGCAUUGAGGAACAUCUUUCGGCUUUCGGGACUGGAGACGAUGUUGAUUAUAUUGUUGUUAGUGAUGGAGAGGAGAUCUUGGGUAUCGGGGACCAGGGCGUCGGUGCCAUUCUCAUAUCCGUCGCCAAACUGGUCAUCACCACACUGUGUGCGGGGAUUCAUCCAUCGCGACAACUUCCGGUUGUAUUGGAUUGCGGAACAAAUAAUGAAGAGCUUCUCAAUGACCAGCUGUACUUGGGUCUGCGGCAGCACCGUGCCAGAGGGGAGAGAUACGACGAUUUCGUGGACAAGUUUAUUCAAGCCGCUCGGAAGCGUUUCCCCAAAGCUUAUAUCCACUUUGAGGACUUUGGGUUGAAUAAUGCACGCAGAAUCCUUGACCGGUAUCAGUCACAGAUCCCAUGCUUCAAUGACGAUAUCCAAGGAACAGGAUGUGUCACCCUCGCUGCUAUGCUGGCUGCUCUUGAAAUUAGCAGUGUUAAAUUGGAAGAUGUGCGUGUGGUUAUCUUCGGUUCGGGCACCGCCGGUACUGGUAUUGCGGACCAAAUCACGGACACUAUUGCAACUGAAACGGGCAAGCCAAAGGACGAUGCUUCGAAGCAGAUAUGGUGUAUUGACAAGCCUGGCCUUCUUGUGAAAUCUCUUGGUGAUAAACUGACAGAUGGCCAACGAUCGUUCGCACGAGACGACAAGGACUGGCCAGACAACGAGCGAGACUUAGAGUCUGUUAUCAAGAAGGCCCAGCCUCACGUUCUCAUCGGAACAUCUACAAAGCCAGGCGCGUUCACCGAAAAUAUCAUCCGUGAGAUGGCACGCCACGUAGAGAGACCUAUCGUGUUCCCCCUAAGCAACCCAACACGACUCCACGAAGCGAAGCCCAAUGAUAUCUACAAAUGGACCGAAGGACGCGCUCUCGUGGCUACAGGUAGUCCAUUCCCACCAGUCAAAUAUAAUGGCAAGGAAUACGAAGUCGCGGAGUGUAAUAACUCAACUUGUUUCCCGGGUAUCGGGCUUGGAGCAGUUCUUUCUCAGUGUCGGCUUUUGUCUAAGAAGAUGCUCGUCGCAGCAGUGGAGGCACUCAAAGCACGGUCACCAGCUCUGAAAGACGCCGAUAAGCCGCUACUUCCUGAUGUUGAGGAUGUUCGUGAUAUCAGUGUGGACAUCGCAGCCGCGGUGAUUAAGUGUGCGGUGCAGGAAGGACUUGCGCAGCAAGAUGGGAUCCCUGACGAUGACUCGGAACUUCGGGAGUGGAUUCAGGUCCAGAUGUGGGAGGCUGGUUACAGACCUCUGGUUAGUAAGAAGUAG